GGUAAAUAUCUCAGUUGAUGCCGAAGCGCUGAAAAUUUUUAUUGUUCGGCUAGGAUUUAUCUAGCUGCUCUUUGUGUCUAUACUCUGAUUAACAAAGAUAAGAUAGACGUACUAAGACUACUAUAUUUUAUUUGCGAUUAAUCAUUCAAGUCUUUAAUACCAUCAAGUGACGACGAUCAAGGCGAUUAAACAAUGACGGGGAAAGAAAAUAAUGAAUCCAAUCAAGAUGAAUAUGAUAAUGAAAUUGCAGAAAAGAAAAUUCCUUACCCUAAAUCAGUAUUUUUUAUAGUCAGCAACGAAUUUUGCGAACGAUUCAGCUACUAUGGCAUGCGAACGAUCCUCAUCCUUUAUCUCACGAAUAUACUGCUGUUUAGUGAAUCACAAUCGUUAGUAACUUACCAUACGUUUUCCAUGUGUGUAUAUUUUUUCCCAAUAAUUGGUGCCAUAAUUUCAGACAGUUUUUUAGGAAAAUUCAAUACAAUCUUUUAUGUUUCGAUGAUAUAUGCUAGUGGAAGUAUUCUACUUGCACUAACAGCUAGUGAUCCCAUAGGGUUACCUAAAGUUGGUUUCUCAAUAUUGGGCCUAUUACUCAUAGCCAUAGGCACCGGUGGUAUUAAACCAUGCGUUGCAGCGUUUGGAGGAGACCAAUUUCGCCUACCCCAACAAGCGAAGGACCUAGAGAGGUUUUUCUCAUUAUUUUACUUCUCUAUCAAUGCUGGAAGUUUGAUAUCAACUUUUAUAACUCCAAUUUUAAGAAAUGAUGUACAUUGUUUUGGUAAUGAGAGCUGUUUUCCUUUGGCUUUCGCAGUUCCCGGAAUUCUGAUGGUAAUUUCUAUAGUCAUCUUCGCCUCAGGACGACCAACGUAUAAAAUCAAAAAACCAGAGGGCAACGUUAUAGUACAAGUUACAAAAUGUAUUGUGUGCGGAAUAAAGAAUAAGAUGAAGUCCAAAGAGAAAAAGGAACAUUGGCUUGAUUAUGCAGAAGAACAAUAUGGAGAAAAACUAGUAAACGAGGUUAAGGCAACACUCCAUGUUUUGGUUCUCUUUCUUCCGCUGCCGAUUUUCUGGGCUCUCUAUGAUCAGCAAGGAUCAGGAUGGACCUUGAUGGCAGUGAGAAUGGAUGGAAACAUUGGAUUCUACACAAUUUUGCCAGAUCAGAUGCAAGUCGUCAACCCAUUGUUGAUUUUGGCUUUUAUUCCACUAUUUACCUAUUACGUUUAUCCACUUCUAGGAAAAUGUAACUUACUGAAGACUUCUCUGCAGCGAAUGGCUUGUGGAGGACUUUUAGCAGCUCUCGCUUUUGCCGUUUCUGCAUUUGUCACUAUGGCUAUUGAAAGUAAUGAUCCAAUAUUGCCAUCAGCUGGUAACAUGCAAUUAAGGGUGUACAAUCCGUCAAGCUGUAGUAUGUCUGUUAGCACCGAUAUAACAGAAAUAAAGUCAUUUACCUUAAAUCCAACAUCUUCCUAUGUGGAUGAGGAUAUUGCAUGGAGUGGAAAUAAAUCUGUAACAUUUAUAUUUGAGUCUAAACAACCUGAAUGUUUAGGUGGUAAACAAAUGAUUUCUCUAGCGGAAAAGAACGCAUAUGGUAUUUUUAUUCAAGAAAAUGGGACGAUCCGCUUUUAUGAAGAUGAUGUCGCUAAGAGCAAAACUGGUUAUCCUUUAGUGAGAACUCUAUCUUAUAUUGACACAGAUGUUAAGUACAUCUUAAAAGGAAAAUCGAUUAAUAUCAAUGCAGGAAACAUAUCUGCAAGAGAAUUUUCCAGUCCUGGUAGUUGGUCAGUAAACAUAGGAGAUAAACAAUUUGAAAAAUCUGUGGACUUGAGACUUGGUGGAACAUAUGCUGUAAUGCUUAAUGAGAAACAAAUGGAAAUGGGUUAUACGGUAGUGACAAAGCCUAAUGCAGUCCACAUAGCUUGGUUACUUCCUCAAUAUUUUAUUAUAACUGCUGCAGAAAUUAUGUUUUCCAUCACAGGAUUAGAGUUUUCGUACUCUCAAGCCCCAGCUUCAAUGAAGUCCUUACUGCAAGCUUGCUUUUUAUUGACCACUGCGUUUGGAAACUUAAUCAUUGUUAUUAUAGAAUCCAUCGAGAUUUUCGAGAAAAAGAGUAACGACUUUUUCUUAUAUUGUGGACUGAUGGUGGCCGAUAUGUUGAUCUUUUCAUUCAUGGCCAUGAGGUACAAAUAUAUAAAGAAGGAAGAUUCGCCAUCAAGCUCAGAAAACGAUCCUAUAGAAACUAAAGCAAAUUCAACCAAUGGUAUCGACAAUCCAUCAUUCGUAAAAAGUUCUAAUAAUAUUAAUAUUUAAGAAAAAUAACUCGAAUUUUCAACUAUGAAAAUUUUAUUUAUUUGGGGGCUACAUUCACAACCAGUGUACUGAUUUUUUAAUAUCAAGAAUUCAAAAUUUAAGAAGCAUAACUUAAACACAAAAUUGGAGUGAUCUUGUAAGAUAUGACAGAUUAUAUUAGCUUGUUCUAAUUCAAGUAUUUCAUUUAAUUUUUCUUGUAAUUAUACAUUUUAUAUAGAUAAGUUACCCUUUUUGACUUUAUAAUAUAGAAUACAUUAGUACAUAUUGUAUAAAUAUCAGUUGACGCUACCCCCGUAUUGAAAAGAAAUAGAGAAAUGUAAAUAUUUUGACUGAUCUUAUUUAUUUCAGAUGUAUUAAAUCGUAAAGUAACGUUAGUGCAAAUAAAUGACAAUCUUUAGAAAAUCCAAAAUGUUUAUUUUUUUUAAAUGCGUAUUUUUGAUAUUCUUUUAGUACUUCAUUUCUGAAAAGACCUUCAAAGACUUUGUAUAUUCGCUCCGUGCGUGACCAUGGUAGGGGUACCGUGAAACGAUGCCAGCGUGCAUAACGUCAAAAUAUAACAAAAUUGGAAUCAUCUUUUUACGCAUAAAGAUUCUAGAUUAAAAACAUUUGUAACUUCUGAGCAAUAUCAUUAUAUAUGUAUUAAGAAAAUGUAUAUAUUAUAAAAUAUUUGUUUAAAAAAUACAUAUCAUUAGAUUUGUACGUACUUUAAAAAUGAAAUUAUUUCAAAAUCAAAUAGAAUUUUGUAAAAACAUUUUGGAAAUUUUUAAAGAUAAGUUGAUUAUUAAAGUAUUACCGAAGAAAAAUGAGUUUUUGCAGAACUCCAAACAAGAUACAAAAUAUUUUUAUAUAAAACAGCUGAAAUAGUGUAUAUGUAUAUAUACAUUAUAUAUAUAUACAUCUAUAUAUAUAUAUAUAUAUAUAUAUAUACAGAUACAUCUAAAAAUAUUGUAAUAAUAACAAAUAUAUUUUUACAUUGUGUACAUAUAUUGUUGUAAAUAUAUUUUAUUAUAUUA